AUGGCGGUGAGAGUUGAGAACGUAGAGUUCAACGUGAGGACAGGCAACUACCCUGAAUUCAUGAACAACCUUCGCGACAGGCUCGCGGAGCAUCCUGACCUCGACGACGUCUACGCCGGCUGUCCCGUACUCGCGAUGCAACGAUGCCCAAAACAGCCGGCGAGGUGGAUGUACAUCAACCUGGUGGGCAACGGCGACGACAGAGCAACCUUAGCCGUCCGGGAUGACAAUGUCAACCUCAUCGGCUUCAGGAACCUGAAAGGACAAUGGUUCCACAUGGGCUUCUCGGGGAUGAGCAAGCCGAUUCUCCCUGAGCCAUCCACAUUUCUGGGAUGCGACGGCAGCUACCCAAGCUUACUUGGUGGUCGCGAUGAAGACGACGUUAAGAAUAUGUUGGUUAAUGAUAUUGACCUGCGACAGGUCGUCCUGCUGGAUGCCGUCCAUAAGCUGUCGGGCUACGAACAACCACCUGAUCCAUAUGGCGCUGCAGACGAUGACACCAAACUGGAUCUGGUGCACCUGACCGUCGUCUUCUGCGAGGGCGCGAGGAUGGCUCUGCACUACGACGCCGUGAACGAUGGCCAAAUCAGCCUCAACGAGCGGCAAGUAGAUUACUUGCGCUCGCCGUGUAGUGCUACUGGUGCUCAACACUAG